UUAGAGCUUGUGCUACCAACACAUAUUUAGACGAUUUAGAUCAAAGAAAGUAAGAGGACGGUCCAUGUUGAAUUUUCCGUUUCAUGUCCGGUUUUUAUUCAGUCGUUUUGUGAAGUAACAAAAAUUAAUUUAAUCUAAGCAAAUAGUGGCCAAGUAGUAAUUGAGUGGACGAAAUAAAUCAAAAUGGCUGACAUACGAACCGAACAGUCAACACCCGAUACACAUUCUUUAGCCGAUUACCGUGCACUAGAUUCGUCCGUGUCUGGCCGAACACAGUCGAACACCGGAUCUAACGAAUUGUCGUCCGACGCAGCUUCCGAUCAGAGUAGCUUGAAACGACGGCAAUCGGACGAUUCGCAUCAGUCUUCCUCAACCUUAGAUGAAGGAAUUCAAAUGGUAAAGCAGCCAUCACAAAGCCAAAAUGAUGCUGACGAAAUUGAAGUGGAAGCCGCUGAGGAAAGUCCGCUCUUAUUAACGAAAAAAAAAGGUGAUGCGACGACACAUCCGACUUUUUUCAAAAACAAUAAACCUUUAAACCCCCGGUUUACAACGCAAACAGUGAAUGUAGGUGACGGAAAUGCUGAAACAAAUUUUGGAGGUGUAGCUGGACCUUCGCAACCACUUUUAGCUGGACCUUCGCAACCACUUGCACCAAUUGCGGAACAAUCAUCGGAUAAAACAGACAACUCAUCUGCUACCAUAGAAACACCGGUGUCUACUAAUAGUGCAACUUUAACCGAUACAAGCAAUACAAGCAACCGUGCUCGAAUUGUUCGGAUAAUUGUUAUUGCCAUCUGUUCGUUUGUGGCAGCUGUACUAGCUCUGUCGCUGUGUGCUUUCUUCUGCGGAAAGAUUCACGGAAGUAACGAUCCAUCCACCAACGAGCUGAAGGAACAUUCAAGUAGAACUGCUGUAGUAAAAUCAAACGCAACGGACCACAUUGCCAACAUGACAGACAUAUGCCUCGAUUGGGCUAUGAAUGCAACGACCAAUACAACGGGCCAAUAUAACAUGACAAACAUCGAUUGGGGUCGAUGUGCCAAUGUGACCGCAAAUAUAACGACGAGCCGUUCAUCGGCAAAUUUAGCGGCAACUAAUGCAUCAGAAACAACAACUGGUUCGAUUGAAGCAGACUUCAAUUGAAACAAGAGCAGUUGUGAUGUAAAGAUGACAAUUUUUAUUGAAUGACCCCCAUGACUGCGAAAACGCCAUUUAAAGCUGAAAGUUUUAUGAUUUGAACCGUUUUCGGUAUUUCAAUUUUGUUUGUUUUUUCAUCAAAUUUGUCCAUAAACCAUUGUCGUAAACAGUGGCAGCAAUAAAUGAGGCGACUAAAUUAAA